GCGACUCGGAUAUUUCAACAUUACCGUACUCUUCCUCCCGCGCUAUUCAAGCGAUCCUUCGUGGGGGGGAGCUCACCUCUCUCAGGAGGAGGGAGACGACACGAAGCAAGGGCGAGUCUCCUCUCCACACUUCGCUCUCGAUCCGCCAUGGAAGGAGCACCCCUCUUCAGCUGGGAGCUCGAUGCUGUAGGAGGCGGCGCCGUGAUUUUGGUAGGAGAAAACCCGAAAUUCGGGAGAAAUAAGAAGAAGGGUUUGAUCGGGAGUAAGAGUAGGAGGCAGACGCUCUCGGACAUCACGAACACAGGGAGGAACCAAGAAAACCCUAACACGACGAUCUAUCCCGAUUCCAAGGAUCUGAUCGAGCUAACGAAGGGAAAAAGUGAGCUACUGAAGCUUCUCGGAGAGAGAAAUAAGACUUUCGAAGAGAGCAAUAGUGAGUUGCAGAAGCUUCGUGUCGCGUUGCACAAAGCCAAUCAGCAAAAUAGGGAACUUGCUCAGGCCAACUCUCGGAUGCUAAUGGAGCUCAACUCGGGGAAAGAUAGACUCAAAGAAUUGCAGCAUGAGCUUGGAUGCACAACAGCAGUCCUCAGAACGAAGACUUUGGAAAUGGAGGAGAAGGACAAGUUGAUUAAAGAACUAAGUAAGAAGAUUGGGUUCGAGAUUGUUGCUGAUGCACCUCACCCGGCUAGUGCUCAUAAGAAACGCAAACCCAAUAGGAAGCACACAUUAGAAAAUCAAGCAGCACUGCAGGGAAAGGAUCACAGAAGGAGGUCCUUAAGAAGGAGAUCUAUCAAAUUGACAUCUGAAUCAUCUGAACCUUCUGAAGACUCCUUUGAGAUUGAGGAUACCAAGAUUUCAGUUUGCUCACUUACCGGCAAAGCCUCCGAUGAAAACUCCUCUUUUCAGCUUGAAAAUUCCACCCCUGGUUCAAGUGCUUUUCACGAACAAAUGAAGAAUGAAUCAAACAGUGAUUAUUCAAGUGGGUCUUUGAAAUCUUGCAUUCAGGAAUUGAAGAUAUCUUCAAAUGGAAGGCCUAUGCGGAGGGCAGCUGAGAAGGUUCCUUCCUACAAAGAACUCCCUCUGAAUGUCAAGAUGCGACGGCCUUGAGCGGGUUUUCAAAACUUAGCAGAAUGUUACUAAAACACAGUUCAGCGCGCCAUCUGAGAGAUGGUCAUCUCACUCUGUAAGUGCAUGUUUUUUUGGUGUAAUCAAACUUUUUCUGUAUAGUUACUGUAGUCUUGGUUCUGCAAGCUUAUAUCUGUGAUGCGGAGUAUCUCCCUAUAGAUGCUGUAUGUAAAUGUUUUUGAAGGUGUAUUCAUUUCGAAGGCUGCGGUGGAACUGUAGGAGGAGCUGCAUUUCUAACUUUGUGGUGCAUUUUAUCUUA